AUGUAUUUUGAUAUUACUGUACUGGUACCAAUCAAAUUGACAGAGAUGCAUUUCAAUACGAAGCAUACGUUCUGGUCGUUUGUCUAUCUGUCCGUCCGUCCUUGGACUAUGGUCUUGCACCGUCGCCAUGGAAACGAGGGCGGGAGGGUUAGUGGGUAUCUGUGGAUGAGCGUCAAGGCGGCGAUGGCAGCGGCGCGGCGACACAAGCGUCUGCUGCUGAGCUUCGGAGGCGCGCUGGCGGCUUGCUGCGCGUUGGCGGCCGCGGUAUCCGCCGGACUUCCUCGUUGGCUGGACGGGUUCGUCCUCUGCAGAACCGGAGCUGAACUCGUCAACGCCACCGGGAACGAACUCGACAAGUUCGUGGGCCGACUCGCAUAUGGCCUUUUCCACGGAGAAAGAGUGAAGACCUGCGGCCUGGGCGGCAGGACCUCGCGAUUUUCAAUGUUUUCAGAGUUAUUGGACGCUAUACCAGCAGGUCUUCAUGUGACCAUCAUCUUCUUCUGUGGCGCUUUGAUAGUCUUCUCUUCUGUGUCCAGCGGCUUCUUCUUUUUCAAUGCGUUUGGACGUCCUUACGAGACACUGCACGGGCCUCUGGGACUUUACUUGUGGACAUCCAUCUGUUGUGCGUGCAGCUUCCUGGUUGUGGUUCUGUUCGUGUCUGAGGUGAAAGUUGAGCGUCUGUCGGAGCGCAUCGCCAACUUUGAGGAGGUGACCUUCAGGUUCCAAACGCACAGCGAGCGUUAUGACGUCUGCUUCUGGAUUGUCCUCCUCAUCUUCUUUCUGCAUGCGCUCAACGUGGCGGUGAUCCGCAUGGCGGGGAUGAAUUUCCCUUUCCGGCGGGGAAAAGAUUCGGAGCCGGGUGGAGGCGCUGCCGACCUCAUGUACUGAAUUUUCAAAGAUCAGUGGUACCUUGACUUACGAGUUGAAUUUUUGAAGCUUGUAAUUCAAUUGACCCCAGUCUCAAAUCAGUAUUCCUAAUUGAAAUUAAUUGAAAUGCCAUUAAUCAUUUUAAGUCCUCAAAAUAACAUUUUGUAAAAAGUAUUUUUAUUGAAGACUAAUACUGUAAAAGAAGGUUAUUAACAGGGGUGCACAUAUUUUUUUUGCCCAGGUUCUCAGAAGAGGACCUGGAGAUGUGACUUGGUCCUCACUGAGCUUGAGAGCCGACCCACCUGAUGCGAUAAAAUUAUGACAAGCUUUACUUAGAGCCAAUUACCUUUAAUUAAUUAUAUAAACAAUUAACGCUUGAUUAAACUUAAACUGGCACAACAAAAUUGCCAUUACUUUGAAGUGAAAUGUAAAGAAAUAAACAGGGGUGCGCAUAUUUUUUUUUUCUCCCACAUUAACUCCAAGCCUUUGUAAAAGUGGGAUGUCCACCUCAUAAGAGCUCAUUGAAGGUGCAUGUUUAGCUUUGUGAAAUGCGAGCAAAAACAAGUUUGUCAGUGCAUGGCGCUGUUCUGUCUGACAUCGAUAGUUUGUUUAAUUGCCACAUGCUCUCUGUUUUCGUGCUUUUUCAAAGUUUGGAUGGCUGAAAUUCUUUGACCCUACAUAAAAUGCACUGCUCUUAUCAGCGACAUUGGGAUACUCACGGCAAAUUUUGCACCACAUUUCCGUGCAAGCAUCAUUUGCUUCUAGCCAUGGUACCUCCUGCAGCCACUUUUCAGCAAAAGUCCUUUUUUUUCCGGUUGCUCCGGUGACGUCUCUGUCGUCUGUCUGUCUUUUGUCGGGGGUGGGAGAACACGGAAAUAAUUACUCAGUGGGGCCUGACUCUUUGACAUUUUGAGAAGUGAUUUUCUCAUGUCCGCCGCAAAUACAGUGGUCAGCCAUCGGUACGCAAAAGCGUAUGGAAGCCGUUGAGGGCCAGCGCAUUUGUCUACGUCCAGUACGCAUGCGCGCAUGCGGACCACUUAUGUGCACCCCUGGUUAUUAACAUAUGUCUUAAGGAUUACUUUUAAAGGGCGUUUAAAUGGACGUCAAGAACUUGGCCGGCGCUAUCCGAGAGUCCUUUUUGUAUUUGACUGUUUUGUUAAAAAAAUUGAAAGUGCUUAACUAACUUGAGAUUUCUUUCCUCACACGCAAGGGCAUUGCUGUAUACAUAUGUUCCAUUCAUUUUUCACUUCUUCCAGUGUGGCAUCACAUCACUGAUAUAUACAGUACUGCAUCUGUAUCAAUAUGAUGCACAUCAUAACUAGUAACUCAGGUGGUCGAAAUUCUCAAAUAAAACAACAAAAAAUUAGAGGGCCGUCCUAAACAUCAACUGUAAGCCACUACAUUUUUUCCUACUGUACAUGUGUGACUGGUGACAAAUCAAUUUAUUGUAUACACGAUCGCCUCCAAUAGCAGUAAUACAUGAACACUUAUGAUCGAUCACCCAGGUGAAAUGGAUUUGAUGUUUAUAACUGUCAUUUGCAGUGAAUGAGUUAAGGGCUACAAGCAACAAAGUAAUCCAAAGAUAUAAGGAUAUGUAAAAAUAUAGAUUUAUAAUACUCAAACUUUGCAGAACAAACUGAAAAUGUCCAGCAACAGAAAAAAAAAAAAAAGUCACAACCAAGAGCUCAUUGGAUAGGUAUUUAAGUGACUACCUCUAUCUAGUGAUAAAACUGAAAAGAACAACAGAAUAUAGGCUUUAAACUGCUUGUGCUGACAGCAUUUAAUUAUAUUUUCAUAUACUGGCCAAUGAAAACUGGGCAGCGGGCCGCAAUAGCAUACCGCACGAAUGCUAUUUCUGGAACGUGACGUCGCAAUCGUAACGCAGAAAUGGGUCAUUAUAGACACGCCCU